AAGAGAGAUUGGAAACCACUUUGCCCUGGUUGUAUUGUAUUAGAACUAGGCAACUAGUUAAUUAGCUAACUAAGCUUGAUGAGUUAUGAUGGAAAAUGAAACGUCUUUAGAAUUGUUUUGUUGCAUAUAGUAUCCAGCAGAUGGCAACACGUGCAUGGUUAACUGAUGAGUUAUGUCAUUUCCUACUGUAGCGUUGUAGUUCCGACAAGCUGUCAAUCAAACUUUGUGUCAGUCGAUUGUUGUCUGGUACUCUGUCUUGGAAAGCAACUUAAUCAGAACCACACAUUUACACUUUCGAUGGAAACUUUGCGGGCUUGGACAUCAAACCCGGAAGAGAACUAACGUUAAUAAGCGAGACUAGCUGCGUUUACACAGACAGGUUUGCAGCUAACGCUUAGGCUACCUAGCUAAGUUAGCUAACAGUUGUUUGAGCCAGCCAGCAGUAGGCAUUUUCCAUUGUCGAAAUAAGAAAAAUGGCCCAAUUUCAAAACCUCUUUGAGAAAGUGUGGAGCUGAAAUCGUAGCUAAAACUAAUCAUUGACUCUUGGGCAGCUAACGUUAGCUAGCGAAAUGUUGAUAUAUCUCAUCAUUCCUUCCUGUCUGUCACACGUCAGAGAAUCACCAGUGUCAAUCUCACCCGCGUGAUUGCAUUUUUGCCAGUUUGGGAGUUGUCCCCGGAUAGAUUAGUCCAUUGACGUUUUAUGUUCUGCUUUUAAUUGACAUUCUGACUCAAUACCAUUGUAUUGGUAUUGAGUCAGCAAUGGUUGUGACUGCCUAGUAUAAAAUAAAAUUUUCACGGCGUAGAAAUCUCGACCCUCUUCUCGAUCCUUUGUAUACAGUAAGGGCUACAGUAAAUGCGUAUCUGGUGAAAUCACCAAUUGGCAUCAAGAAGUUGUAGCUAAUUGUGAAAGUUGCGAAGAAAUAAUAUUGUAAACGUGCAUAACAGCCACAUCCAGUGGUUAAGAUUAAAAGCCAGAGCACAGCUUUUUCAGCUUUAAAAAAAAUUCUCUAUCCAUAUCGAAGUGCGACCAUGGAAGCAGAAGCACACAGUUGUCACCGACUGCCUGGGAAAACAUCAAGAAAGAGGAGGAGGGAUGAAAUCAAUGGAGAGAUGGAGGGAGAACAGGCCGUCAAGGUCCGACGAUCCACAGUGGGUCUGACAGAUCCAGCCCCAUUUGCUGACCAGCUAGAACCAGUUACCGCUCCGUACGUGCGUGUCAGUAUGGAGGAGGCAUGCCAGGGCACCCCACAAGAGCGUCCAGUGCGGGUAUAUGCAGAUGGGAUCUUUGACAUGUUCCAUUCCGGCCACGCCCGAGCACUGAUGCAAGCCAAGGGGCUCUUCCCAAACACCCAUCUAAUUGUCGGAGUAUGCAGUGACGACCUGACACACAACUUAAAGGGCUUCACCGUAAUGAACGAGGACGAACGCUACGACACCGUCAGUCAUUGUCGCUACGUUGAUGAGAUCGUACGGAACGCACCAUGGACACUCACGCCGGAGUUCUUGGCUGACCACAGGAUUGACUUUGUCGCCCAUGACGAUUACCCAUAUUCUUCUGCAGGAAGUGACGAUGUUUACAAGCACAUCAAGGCGGCAGGCAUGUUCGCACCCACACAGCGGACAGAAGGCAUCUCCACUUCUGACAUCAUCACCCGUAUUGUCCGCGACUACGACGUGUACGCACGCAGAAACCUGCAGAGAGGCUACACUGCCAAAGAGCUCAAUGUCAGCUUCAUCAAUGAGAAGAAGUACCACCUGCAGGAGCGUGUGGACAAAGUGAAGAAGAGGGUGAAGGAUGUGGAGGAGCGAUCCAAAGAGUUUGUGCAGAAGGUAGAGACAAAGAGCAUCGACCUAAUCCAGAAGUGGGAAGAGAAGUCCCGAGAGUUCAUCGCCAACUUCCUUCAAAUGUUUGGCCCAGAGGGAGCACUGAAGCACAUGCUAAAGGAGGGGAAGGGGCGGAUGCUGCAAGCCAUAAGCCCCAGGCAGAGCCCCAACAGCAGCCCGACCAGAGAGCACUCACCCUCUCCGCCGCCCUCAUUCAGUCUGCCCUUCUUCACCAAGACCUCCCCUCCCUCUUCGCCCCACCACCUCAGUGGAGCAGACCGCAUAAGCGAGGAUGAUGAUUAGGAGCCUCCCUCCAUUCAUUUUUGUACACCUGGAAAAACCUUCUGCUGAUUUUUCUUAUUUUUUUGUUGUUGUAGAAAAUAGUAAUUCCACUAAUCAGUCAUUCCAAAUGCAUUGUGCAUCUCCACAACUUUAUGCCAAUAGAUUCCAAAUAAUUGUUUUGGGGGGGUGAUUUAUUAGAUUUUUUUUCCAGAGUGCUGAUGCUAUGUUUAAUCAGAGCUGCAUUCCUCCCAGACAUGAUUUUUUUCAACAGAAUUCAUGUUUAAGCUUAGCCAGAGUCUGUGGUUAUUCAAAUCGUUAUAUUGUGAAUUGUAUUCUCUGAAGCAAGCAACUUUAGGCACUUAUACAAUAGUAUGUGAAAUAUUAUUCUGUGUUUACACGGGCACCUCAGCCCGAUUCUGAUAUUUUUUUCAUUAAUUGUUAUUUUGACCAAUCAGAUCAUCUCUGAAAAAGAUCUGAUGUGGAAGAAAGAUCAAAAUUGGUCUGCCUGUGUUGUGUUCAAUUGAAAUACUGUAGAAUUCCAUUCAUUCCUAUGGAGGACUGCUCCUACUGGAGAGUGCCAAUAUUGCCGACCGGUGGCUUCAAGGCCUCUCAAUGGCCAAUAUAUGGCAUCCGCAAUCCAGGCUUUGUACAGUGCAUUUGGAAAGUAUUCAGACCACUUGACUAUUUCUACAUUUUGUUACGUUACAGCCUUAUUCUAAAAUGGAUCAAAAUAGUUUUUUCCCCUCAUCAAUCUACACACAAUACCCCAUAAUGACAUUUUUGCAUGUUUAUAUAAAAAAAAAAAACUGAAUUAUCACAUUUACAUAAGUAUUCAGACCCUAUUCAGACCCUUUACUCAGUGCUUUGUUGAAGCACAUUUGGCAGCAAUUACAGCCUUGAGUCUUGAGUAUGACGCUACAAGCUUGGCACACCUGCAUUUUCUCCAGAGAUGUUUGAUGGGGUUCAAGUCUGGCCACAGUCUGAGGUCCUGAGCACUCUGGAGCAGGUUUUCUUCAAGGAUCUCUCUGUACUUUGCUCCGAUCAUCUUUCCCUCAAUCCUGACUUAGUCCCUCCCACUGAAAAACAUCCCCACAGCAUGAUGCUGCCACCACCAUGCUUCACCGUAGGUCAGGUUUCCUCCAAACAUGACACUUGGCAUUCAGACCAAAUAUUUCAAUCUUGGUUUCAUCAGACCAGAAAGUCCUUUAGGCGGUCGUGCCUUUUACUGAGGAGUGGCUUCCGUCUGGCUGCAGAUAUGGUUGUCCUUCUGGAAGGUUCUCCCGUCUUCACUGAGGAACUCUGGAGCUCUGUCAGAGUGACCACCUGGUUGUUGUUCACCUCCCAGACCAAGGCCCUUCUCCCCCGAUUGCUCAGUUUGCCCGGGCGUCCAGCUCUAGGAACAGUCUUGGUGGUUUCAAACGUCUUCCAUUUAAGAAUGAUGGAGGGGACUUUUAAUGCUGCAGACAUUUUUUUGGUACCCUUCCCCAGAUCUGUGCCUCGACACAAUCCUGUCUCUGAGCUCUACAGACAAUUCUUUUGACCUCAUGGCUUGGUUUUUCCUCUGACAACUGUGGGACCUUUAUAUAGACAGGUGUGUGCCUUUCCAAAUCAUGUCCAAUCAAUUGAUAAUCAUUUGCAUCGUCAUUGUGUAAAUUGAUGAGUAAAUCUUUUUUUUCAAUUUUAGAAUAAGGCUGUAACGUAACAAAGUGGAAAAAGUCAAGGGGUCUGAAUACUUUCUGAAUGCGUUGUGUGUGUAAAAGCACCUGGUUACUGCUUACAUUUGUGUUUUUGCUGGUCACCAAAAUGUAUGCAUUCCAGUGGCAGGCUUAUGAGGGCCAACACAAUAUCCUCCUGCUUUUAAAUGUCCUCAUUGUUUCUCUGCCCUUUAAUCGGCAAAGGAAAUGUCUGUCUUGUCAUGAACUGUCAACCUGUUGACUUCUAUCAGUUAUAACAGGACUAAAAUAACUAUGUACAAAGAAAAAUACUCAAUUCUGAAGUAAAACCACUUAAAUAUACAA